AACACCUAGCGGCUGUCAAACUGUUCGGGGACCAUUUUCCGUGCAUUACGUGCGCCCAGCUCGGCGACUGUUGGCCGGGUUCGUUCUCUGAUAAUCCGGCCGCUCUACGAGUCCGCCAUCCUUUCAUAGAUCGUCCAAGGCCGACCGUGUGCGACUGACGGGUGCGACGGGUGUGAGGCUGUGCGCGUCCAGUGGCAGUGCGUCGGUGCAGCGCCACAGCGGGGCGUGGUGGGGUCACACGCAUGCGCCGCACGACCGAGAGUGAGGUGAGAAGGCGUGAAGUGAGGAACUGCUGAUCACUACAGUGAAAUUUUCAACCCAGUGAAAGACGCCGGCAAUACAUAAGUACGAGGUCUGGAGCACCACCGUCGCUGCCAGACCACAGUCUGUCUGAGGGACCGGGCCCCGUUGAGGGCGCAGUCUGAGGGACCGUGCCCCGCUGAGGGCGCAGUCUGAGGGACCGUGCCCCGCUGAGGGCGCAGUCUGAGGGAGCGCGCCCCGCUGAGGGUACGGUACCGCAGGCAGGGGCACUGCGUCCAUCAGCCAGCAGGCCACCAUGGUCCUCACUCUCUGCUGCGGGUGCUUGUCGCUGCGCACCGGCUCCCUGGCCAUCGGCAUCACCUACCUCAGCCUCAGCUGCCUGGUGCUCCUCGCCUGGACGGCCUUUCUCAUAGAGCGCGCCAUCGCCAUGCGUUUCGACUACUAUUGGGACCUGCUGUACAUCUACUUCGGCCUGCUGGUGGUGUGUGUCCCUAACAUUGUAACAAACAGUCUACUCAUCCACGGCCUUCGUCACAACAGGCGCAAAUUUCUCUUUCCGUGGGUGAUCUGGUACGGCGUUUUCAAGGCUCUGGUCACCCUGGCGUGGCUGGCCGCGGCCGCCUGGGCGCUGUGGAUGUGUUUCGCCUGGAAUGGACUCGGCACGACCCAGGCGGUGGUCGCCAAUCUGGUGAUCUGGAUACCGGGACUGGUCGGGAUGACCGUGAUGUGGUACUGGUACGCCUGCGUUGUGACGUACUUUCAGAUACUGGCGCCCAGUGAUGUAUAUGCGAUGACAAAUAUUUAGUCUUAUCGUGAUCUUGUGCCGAACUUGCCAUUGCUGUGAUGCGCUUUUGGAGUGAAACAUGUUGCAUACGAAUUCGUAUGAUUGUUCACUGAAAAUACAGUGUAUGAUUA